AUGAGGCCGCUGUAUCCCUCUGCAGGUGAGGACUCCAUUAGCACCUUGGGCCUGAUCCUCAGCGUGGGGCUGUCGCUGCUGCUCGUGUCCAUCCUCGGCUACAGCCUGGCCAAGUGGUACCAGCGUGGGUACUGCUGGGAGGGGCCUAAUUUUGUCUUCAACUUGUACCAAAUUCGGACCCUGAAGGACCUGGAAGUGGGGCCACCCUUCACCAUCAGUGGCCAUAUCAGCAGCCCGGAUGGCGGCUACACGAAGUUCUCCAAUGGGCUAGUGUGAUGGGGGCAGCAGCUGGCUUCUAGAGUCUGGGAGAGGAUCAGACUCCUGGCUUAGCGCUUGUACAUCCUGGGCUCUCCUCGGUUACCCUCCCUCUUCAGCAUCCUCAAGACCUGGCCUGGCCUCUGAAUGUGGAGAAUGAGGGGUCUUCUCUGAAGACUUCACUAGCCUGUGGCUUGAGAGUCCUGGGGACAGUCAGUCCUCUAGGGAGGGACUGGCCAGGCGGCAGCAGCCCUCUCACAGGAACCAGAGAGGUGG